AUGUCUACAAAGAUUUCACCUUUAUAUGAUUCUGAUAAUUUGAUCACAACAAAAUGUGAAAACUUUGAAAAUUUAUAUAAUGAACAUGUUUAUAAAUUUUCAAUAGAAUUUAAAAAAGAAAUUACAUGGUUGAAGGAAUUUUUAGAACACAUUGUUUCUUCGUAUUCUCACAGACAAAUUAUCAAUGAUGUGAUGGUAUUAAACAAAAAAGUAGAUAUUAAAUUAGAUGAAAAUUAUGAUGAUAAAUUAGAAAAUCAACUAGAAGAUAAGUUACAAGAUAAGUUAGAAAGUGAAUUGGAUAAAUCAGAAGAUAAAUUAGGAGGAGAUACACAAGAAAAUAUAUUAGAAAAUAUAUCAAGAGAUCAACUAGAAGAUACAUUAGGAAAUAUAUUAGCAGGCAAUUUAAUAAAUAAUUCAAUAAAACAACCAGAGGAAGAUAAGUUAGAAGAUCAACUGAGAUGUAAUUUAGAAGAUAAUUUAAAGGACAAGUUAGAAAAAAAUCAAGAAAAAGAAGUCAAUCAAGAAAGUAAACUAAUAGAUCAACAAAUGAAUCAAUCGAUUUCUGUUUCUAGUAGAAGUGAAAAAAGUCCAUCAUCCCAACAAGUAAAUAAAGUCAUUUCAGUAGAAGAGAAAAAGUUAAUUGUUGAAGAAAAUAUGCAAAGACCAGUGGUUCAAGAAGAAAAAACUUGUUAUAUUCUAGACAAUUUAUUUGAGGACUUUAAAACCUUUUUAGAUUUACAACAAGAAAAAACUCUUAAAGAUCUAGAUCAAACAAAUAUUCAACAAGUUGAAGAAAAAAAAUUAUCUGAUGAAUACAAAAAAAAUCAAAUAAAUCCAACCAAAGGAAAAUGUAUAUUACCAGAGAUAAAUUCUGAUUCUUCAAGUGAAGAGGAGGAUUACUGUGAAUCAAGUAAACCACAAAAUCAAAUACCAGAUUGGUGUCAAAGUUCUAUACUUGAAGCGUCUUUGAUACAACAAGCUGCCUUAGAUCCUGAAAUCAUAUUUGGCAAGGUUCAACCACUUGACAUGAUGGGUUUACAAAGAACAAGUUCAGCUAAUUGGUCAGGUCCUGAUGCUUUAACUGAAAAAGAAGAUUUAGAAUAUAAAAAAAUCGUGGGAUAUAUAUCAUGA